AUGAGUUUCGGCUUUAGCAUCGGGGAUUUCCUCGGCAUCAUCAAGGAUAUUCAUCAUAUUCGAAGAGUUUUUAAUGGUGCGCCCGCUCAGUUCAAGUUUCUCAACGAUGAAGUGAGAAGACUCUCCAUUCUCAUACAGGACGUCGAGACAUAUAUACCAAACGCAGCACAGAAAAACAAACUGGAACUGAUAGCAAACGACUGCAAAAAUCUGAUCCAAGAUAUCUGGAAGGUUAUUGGCGAAUACAGAGAGAUAGGCCAGAAUUCUAGCAUCAAACAUGUUUGGAAACGCCUCAAACUGGACCCAGAAGACGUUCGAGAACUUCGGGAUCGGGUUUGUAGCGUCAUUGAGUCCCUCACUGCUAUUAAUGUGCGCAUCACCCAAGAUCAAGUUCAAGAGCUUGUCAACUACAAGAAUGAGGAACAGCAUCAGAAACAUCUCGACUGGCUGUCAUCAGAAAGCUUCGCAGCAGAUUGGGGCAAACCACUCUACCAGCCAGGGACUGGGAGGUGGUUCAUUGAGUCACCUGGAUUUCAGACUUGGAUCCAGAAUCCGGGGCAAACGUUAUUCUGUCCUGGGAUACCUGGAGCAGGAAAGUCUAAUAUGGCAUCAAUCGUUAUAGAUGAGCUGGAUCGUCGUCAUGGAAACGAUCCUAGUGUUGGCAUUGCCUACAUUUUCUGCAGCUUUCGCUAUUGUGAUGACCCUCGCCAGUCCCCAGAUAAUGUAUUAGCAAGUAUGAUUCGACAGCUAAUUCGGAGACUUCCGCUACUUCCAUCGACGGUUCUGUUGUUGUAUGAAAAGCACAGAAGCAAUGGCUCCCGGCCUUCAUUCAAGGACCUUUCCAAAGCCUUUAAAGAUGUUGUUCAAAUGGCUUUGAAACAAGUUUUUAUUGUCAUUGAUGCACUUGAUGAAUGCAAGGCUGUCACAAUAUCUCGCAUUCUCAGCCAAAUAUCCGAGACUCGGGCGUCUGGGAACUUGAACUUAUUGUCAACCUCAAGAUCUGUUCCCGCGAUAGAGGCGAGAUUCCAAGGGAGCCCUUUUCAAGAGAUACGUGCAAGAAAAGAAGAUGUUAUGAGAUAUCUCAAGGCUCGUUUGGAAGAUUGCGAGGAGGACUGUGCCUUGAUCCGAAGACCGGCUCUGCAAGAGAAGGCUAUACUUGUCAUCGCAGACUCUGUUAAGGGAAUGUUUCUAUUGGCGCAGCUCUACUUAGAUUCAUUGAUCUCGGCUCCUAGAUCCAAAGAGAUAAAUGACGAAUUGGAGAGAUUGAUCAAUAGAUCAAAUCAGAUUGAUGAGGGAAACAUUGCCGUUGACGAUGCGUACCGAGACGUUGUGGAACGUAUCAACAACCAAGACCCACGUCGCCAAAGAUUGGCCAAAGACACGUUGUCAUGGGUUAUCUGCGCCAAACGACCCCUCACUACGUUAGAGCUACGUACCGCUCUUACGAUAGAACUAGGAGAAUCGGAUCUAAACGAAGAAGAUCUUUAUGAUCUUGAAGACAUAAUCUCCUCGUGUGCAGGACUAAUCACGGUUGGGUCCGACGGUACAAAGGAAGUGGUUCAAUUGGCCCAUUAUACGAUGCAAGAAUACUUCACACGACAUCAGGCUGGGUUCUUCCCAGAGGCAGAUAAGACUAUCACGGCAAGCUGCCUUACUUACCUUUCAUACGAUAUCUUCCGCCAAGGAAUGUGUUCGAAUGACAUCAAAUUUGAAGCCCGGCUUAGUCAAUAUCCGCUAUAUUCUUACGCUGCCAAAAAUUGGGGCCACCAUGCUCGGGUGCAUUCAACAAUCGAUGAUCUCUUACUAUGGUUUUUAGGGAAUAGCUACGUGCUAGAUGCGAGUGUCCAAGCGCUAUUUUCCUUGAAAGGAUAUUACGGCUUCGAAAGCUAUUGUUUGAGAGUUCCAUUGGGAUUUACGGCAUUCCACCUGGCCGCAUGGUUCGGAUUGGAGAAAGUAUUGCAGUUUCUUAUCAGCCAGUGUGAUUGGUCGUGUGCCAGGGACUCUAUGAAUCGGGAUCCACUCGCAUGGGCCGCUUCGAAUGGUCAUUUGUCAGUUGUAAAGAUGCUUCUCGAUCAUGGGGUUGAGCCACUUCAGCAUGACGAAGAAGGCCAGACACCAAUUUCUCUAGCUGCAUUGAACGGUUACACUGAGGUCGUGAAGCUCUUCUUGGACUACAGUAUCGACCCAAACCCAGAUAUUGGGAAUAAAAUCCCUCUGACAGAGGCAUCGUAUGGAAGACACCAUGAGACCGUCGAACUUCUUCUCAAUAGAGGCGCACACCCAGACCCUAUGAACAAUUACGGGCGGACCCCUUUCCUAUGGGCGUGUUAUAAUGGCUCGAUUGAGAUAGUUCGAACUUUACUGGAUCACUCCGUUGUUAAAACGGGAGCUUCUGGCGCAUUCAACAAUUACUGCAUUGAUUUUGGCCGGAGAGAUGAUCAAGGAAACACUGCUGUUUCCUAUGCUUUAGAUCGUGGCCACCAUGAUAUCAUUCAACUCCUGCGCGAGAAAGGCGUUCUUCCAGAACAAGAUUCUCACAUUGAUGAAUUAUUCUGCAACUGGAGCACUGAUGCUAGGGGAGACGAUGUCACUGCUGCUCUGCCACAUAUUGGACCCGCAAUUGGCUGGCCAUUUAUCGACGCACAGGGAGUGUCGAACAAGAAGCGCAAAUGUCCUCGAUCGAGCUUCAAAUGUCCACUCUCACAUGCAUUGCUCGGAUACGAGAUGGAAAUGUCCACACCACUCUUGUGGGAGAAUCUUCGGUAG